ACCUGCAGUUUAAUUUCUUAUCAAAGGGAAACAGGAAAAGAAAAUUCGUUUUGGCCUAUAGGCAUUGGGAAUGGAAAGAUAGAUUUGGGACUGGAGAGAUUGAAGCUAGCAGGAACGAAAACGUGUAGUAAAGGUAGAUGGAUUGAGCAAAUAAAUAGGAACAAGGAUUAGGAAGGAAAUGGCUUACAGAAGGAGGCAGCAACAGCAGGAAAUGUUGCCUUCUUCACCAUCAGCGGAUGAUUUGAUAAGCGUUGAAGUGGAUACAGCCAAAGCCAUAAGGGCAUCUUCCGCCCGCAAAGAUUCUUCUCUCUCCGCUGCUUACGGCUAUGGUUCCCUUCAUUCCUCAUCUGCUCCUCUCUCCACUCCCACCGUCACAUCCAAGGACUCCCAAUCUCAUCAAUAUGCCUCAUUGAGAAAUUUAGAUGAAUCCAAGCAAGGGUUUUGGGGUUCUCUCGCUAGGAAAGCUAAAGCCUUUUUAGAUGACGAUCCUGAGCACCACCAAUUUGAGUCAGGCGGACAAUCUAAAUCUGAGAUGCAUCAAGGGCCAACCCCUGAGAAGGUCAGAGUCCAACAUUGCGCUCUUGGUCAACACCUUGAUUUUAUAAUUUGUUUGUUGAUAAUUAGAAAGGGAAAAAAUGAAAAAAGAAUGGACACUUUAGAUUUAUUUAAACUAUUCCAUUCUGCUUAUAAUUUUUUUGCUAGCCAAAUGUUUACCACAUGUCAAUCUAUUUGUCAUACCACUAUCAUGCCUCUCUCGUACUUCGUGAAAUCAUUACAAACCUAUAGUUAUUCAUUCUUCUUCAAUUUGCAUUCAGGAGGGUCUUCUGUUGUGGAGAAUAGGACGGUAGGUAUCAUUCAAGAGACCCGCAAGCAUAUCAGGAAAAAGCCUAGUGGUUCUAUGGCACCAAAUCAGGCUUCUAAGCAACAACAAAUGCAGCACCAAGAACGAACAUCUGUGCAAGCUGAUACAGAAAUCCAAUUGAAGGCAUCUCGCGACGUUGCUAUGGCUAUGGCUGCCAAGGCAAAGCUUCUUCUCCGAGAGCUAAACACUGUCAAAGCUGAUUUGGCUUUUGCCAAGGAGAGAUGUGCUCAGCUGGAGGAAGAAAAUAAAAUCCUUCGCGAGAAUCAUGAAAGAGGAGAUAACACAGAUGAUGAUGACUUGAUUCGUCUUCAAUUUGAGACACUGUUGGCAGAGAAGGCACGACUGGCUCAUGAGAAAUCCAUUUAUGCACGUGAGAAUCACUUCCUAAGGGAAGUUGUUGAAUACCACCAACUCACCAUGCAGGAUGUUGUAUAUCUGGAUGAGAACACUGAAGAAGUUACCGAAGUUUACCCUAUCAAGGCACCUUCAUUACCAAAUAUGAACUUCAGGCCUGCUGCAUCUGGUACACUACCAUCGGAGGCAUCUCUUGACACUAAUCUGCAAAUAGCUCAGAAUAUCCCAGUUCACCCUGUGCCACCCGCUGAGUUUGCUGAGGCUUCCCAAAAUUCUGUGUCCAAGCUCUCGAGAUCAACUUUAUAUGGCAGAGGAUGCUGAAUAUGCAU